AUGCUUCGGGUAAUCGCCACAAGAAACUGUGCCGCAAGGCAGCUCCACAGCUCCUGCCUCUUGAGAAAGCCGCUUGACUUUGCCACCAGCGAAACAACCCGCUCUAAAAGCAAGCCAUUCAGUUUGGACAAUGUUUUCAUCGAUAAGGCUGCGACCAAUGGCGACAAGUCUAAUCGGUUUGCCACCAUGUUCCGCAACGAUGACAAGCCCAGACCAAAGAACAACGCCGGACCCCGUGGUGGAUCCUAUUCUGGUAAUAGGUUUAACAAGGCCGAUGCCAAAAAACACGAUGUGGAAAGAAAGCCUCACAGAAGAAUAGUGCGUUUUGAAUUCAACACCGGGACCUUGCAGUCCCAAACCGCGUUGAAGGCCUUGAUCUCCAAAGUUCACGAGCAGAAUAGCCACUACAAAGUCAAGUAUGUUGAUCCUGAAUCGAGCAGAGUUGUCUCCAAGUUUUUGGUGGAUAUCACCAACAACCUCGAUCUCAAGCAGCACGGGUUGUCGUUGAUCGUCAAGGAAGGCGAUUUGCCCAUGUUGAAGAGAGUCAAGGUGGAGGAGAUGGUCAAGAACUAUUCGCAGCAGUUGGCUCUUGAAAAGGAGAAUGAAUUGUUACAAAAGGGAAGCAUAGUAGCUCAGAAGGUUGUCAAACAAAGAUUGAGAGCAGAGAAGAAAAAAUCAGCUGCAAAGACGUUAACUCUUUUCUGGAAAAUCAGCAUCGGUGACUUGAGAAAUCAAAAGAAGCUCGAAAUCGAAAGAAAGUUGAGUAAGGGAGAAAAAUUCACAUUGUAUCUUAAGAGCAAACUGCAUUUUGUCGAGGAGGUUGAAGACGGUGAAGUGGAAGAGACGGCUCCUCACAGAAGCGAAAACAUUUUGCAUUCAAACAAGUUCAAGGAUGAACAGGAAUUAAACAUCGAAUUGAAAAGAAGACAGAUGAUUUACGAAGGGCUUGUUUCUAUCUUGGAUGAUUUGCCAUGCACAUAUAAGGUUGAGGGUAAAAGUGAAACUAGGUAUAUUAUAUCUAUAGCUCCAAAGGAGACGGAGAGUCCAAAAGCUGUGGAAGCCAAAGAUUCAGACAAGGAAUUGAAAAAGCAAAAGAAAUUAAUGAAGCAAAGAGAACGGGAGCAAAAAUCCAAACCAAAGACCAAGGUGGAAGACUUGGACUCGUUGUACUCUUUCAAGUUGGACGAUUAA